UCAGCCCUGCGCAGUCUCCUGGGGAAGUGCGACCGCGUGUCUCUUGCCCGAAGGACGGCCGACCGGGAGCUCCAGUUUGGAGCGGUUGUUCUUCAUUGCUGCCCAUGAGAGGGGCAAACCAGUCAAGUGUGUGCGAGUUCCUCCUCCUGGGGCUCUCCCGGCAGCCCCGGCGGCAGCAGCAGCUCCUCUUCCUGCUCUUCCUGGGCAUGUACCUGGCCACAGUCCUGGGAAACCUGCUCAUCCUCCUGGCCAUCAGCCUGGAUGCCCGCCUGCACCGCCCCAUGUACUUCUUCCUCAGCAACCUGUCCUUCGUGGACGUCUGCUUCUCCUCCACCACGGUCCCCAAGAUGCUGGCCAACCACGUCCUCGGACGUCAGACCAUCUCCUUCUCCGGGUGUCUCACCCAGAUGUAUUUUGUCUUCACGUUCAUGGACAUGGACAAUUUCCUCCUAGCUGUGAUGGCCUAUGACCGCUUUGUGGCUGUGUGUCACCCCCUGCACUACUCCACCAAGAUGACCCACCCGCUCUGUGUCCUGCUGGUCACGGGGUCAUGGGUCAUUGCCAACCUAGAUAUGCUGUUGCAUACCCUGCUGAUGUCUCGGCUCUCGUUCUGUGGGGACAAUGCCAUCCCCCACUUCUUCUGUGAUUUGACCCCACUCCUGAAACUGUCCUGCUCGGACACACACCUCAAUGAGAUGAUGAUUCUUUUUGAAGCAGGGCUAAUAAUGAUCACUCCAUUUAUAUUUAUCCUGGUGUCGUACAUCCUCAUCACCCGCGCUGUGCUGAGCGUCCCCUCGGCCAAGGGCAGAUGGAAAGCCUUCUCCACCUGUGGCUCCCACCUGGCUGUGGUUUCCCUCUUCUAUGGCACCAUCAUUGCUGUGUAUUUCAGCCCUUUUUCCUCCCACUCAGCUGAGACAGACAUAGCCGCUGCUGUGAUGUUCACAGUGGUGACCCCCAUGCUGAACCCCUUCAUCUACAGCCUGAGGAACCAGGACAUAAAAGGGGCUCUUCGAAAAGUGGUUGCUAUGACAUUUUCCUCCACACAGUAAUCAAUGGGCUAACAAAAUCAUGGAGAGAAUUCAUUUCUAGGUACACAUGUUUGCUUUUCUGAUUAUGCGAAAGGUUAAUUAGCCUUUGUCUUUUUGUAAGAGAAUCAUCUGUGGUCUAUCUUGGGAGAGAAACCUUGAUUCGUCAGCUUCUUCAGGUUAAAGAUUUCAGAAAGAGAUAUCCUUGUACCAAACAAGUUGAUGCUUCCACUUGGCAAUGCCCUCCAGCUAAACCCCACUUGGGACCAAAUCUUGUUCAGUAAGUUGAGUUUAUCACUCCUUGUCCCAAGGGAGAACACUUAGCAUGGGGCGGGGGGAAGUGAGACAGCUUAGUAGGAACAUGCUAGAAGGAACUUAUUAGAAGACUUGUCUUGGCAGAUCUUCCUUGCCUGCCCGCUUGUGUUUCUCACAGGCGUCCUGUCCUAAUAAACCUAUUUCUUGCCUCGCACUUUGUCUGUCACUGAAUUCCUUCUGUGUGGAGACAUGAAGAACCUGAACCUCAGUGAGUCCAGACACAGGCCUUUGCGGGUGCUGACGCUUUAUUCCCAGCUUGCAUCCAGACCAACUCCUAUGCGUCAUGGACACUGUGGGGGACACCUCCUGUCGAUGAUUUCUCGGGCACUAACAGCUGGUUGGGAGACUAUCUUGGGAGGGAUAACAUCUAACAUAGAUCAUGCCGUGACCAGCCACCCAGUUCUCAUCACCCCUAGCCAGCAGGAAGUAUCUGUGGAAGAGGGGACCAUCCUCCAUGUCCCAUAUAUGAAAAGGCUGGAAUGAUAGGCUCUCAGGAGGACAGAGACAGACCCCCACCCCACCCCCAAAAUGUGGCUGUUGACCUUGGAGAACUGCAGUGGACACCCUCUCCUGGAAUGUGGAUGCUCAAGUUGGGUGGCAAGAAACGGUGGCCUGCAGAAAAGAACUGCCUCCUUAGAUGGACCACCUUCAAGAACUAACUGCCCUCUGUCAUGGGACUCAACCCCAGUGCUUCCCUUGAGCUUCCCUCCUCUUUCGUCAUUGUUCCUGCCACAAGUUCCCGCCAAGAACUCCAGCCAGAGAUUCCCACCACCGAUCCUUUGUAAGCCUAGCACCUCUUCACAGUAAAGGCUGGCAGCAUCUUGAGCUCAGCCUGACCCCUCAGAUGUCUUAA